CUUCGCGCUCGUUAUAACGCUGGGAUUAACUGGCCUGUUAAUGUGGGUGAUGCUAAGCCGCAAGUCUGCAAGCGUGUCUCAGCCAACAUGUGAAAAACCAUCUGCUAAGAUCUGCCUUCAAGAGAUGUUGGAAGGACCCCCGCUGUGGGACGACCCCCAGCUCCUCCAGGUGGUCAAGGAGGAGUUCCUGAGGCCUCCUACUCACGUGGAGGACGUCCCCCCGAUCCUGGAGGGCGUGGAGGUCGAGGUGCUGGAGGCCAUAAAUAGGACGGUCGGUCCCUUGAACUUCGUGGUGGCGACGGUGGGCGUCAACCUCGAACUGGUGAAGGAACUGUCCAAAGGAGCGACGGGAAUCUGGGUAGAACCUCGGCCGUGGCAGAAGCCGGCGCCACCGACCGUUUCGAACAUGUGGCACACGCACGCUUGUCUGUCACCGAGUAUACCGUAUGUGAACACGAAACACGAGCAGUGCCUGAGCCUCGCCUCCCUCCUGAAGGCGCUCGACAGCCCCCGCGUUGACCUCGUGCUGACCUCCGGGGCAAAUCUGGACAUGGUGUUGAAUCCCCUGUGCUACAUGUACCCCCAGCGCGCCAAGGCAAUAUUGGUGGGACGAAUUCUGCAGCCCGAGGACAUUCCAGAAGAUUACAGAGACUGUUCCAAGAGUCUCGUUCACGUGACCGGCCAAUACUCUCUCCUGGUUCUCAGGCCUGACCCUCCAUCUCGUUCUCGCCAGGAUUUGUGAAGCAGGUUUUCACCAGGGUUGCUAGUUCACAUUUCUUGGGUGGUGAAGAGUUUGUUGUGGAGGUCCGGUGUGGAUCUAACAACGAGUGUAGUGAGUUUAGGCCAUGUGUUGUUGAUAUUUGGACUUUAAGCUUGCAAAGAUAAUUGAAAAUACAUUAGUUACCCCUUUCCUUAACGCCAUUAGUAAAAAAAUAACGUUUUCUAUGGUGAUGGUCGAUGUAGUCAUAAUAGAAAACGCUUAUAUAUAGAGGGGGACUCAUAUAAACCGUACGAAUAUUUUUUUCCCCUAAACAACCAGGGUGGAUCGGAGACCUUAUUUUCGGGAAAGGAUUGGCGUAUAGUAUGAGGUUAGAUUUUUUGGCGCAAGGUCCUGACGCAGAGUAAUGCCCUAAUUGACACUAGCGCAGCAUUUUGGCGCAGAAGCAGAGGUCGCUGCAAUGGCGCUGCAUUCAGGCGGGCGAAAGACGUUUCCUCAUUAUUUUCCAUUUUCCUUUCAGUCGCUUUCCCCUCUCCGUCGCGUUUGGUCACAACAAAACGCCUAUUUACAUUUGAAAUCCAGUAUUGCAUACCAAAAGCAUUCACAUCCAAAGUAAAUCCGGCACAAAGUGAAGCAAUUCUGUCCCUGAUUGGCGCAGUCAAGACGCAGGCAAAAUGAGCAAAUGGCGCUCAGGAUAAACAACGCAGUUUAGUCUUCAAUUUUGAAUUUCAUUUCGUUUUUUUUCCAUUUGUAAUCGUACUUUUUCAUACUGUUGACAAAAAAUGACGAUGACAAUGAUACUGAUGAUAAUAAUAAUGACAAUGAUGAUAACUGUCACCGACCAAAGGAUAUAUGUAUAUAUGAAUCGAAUGUGGGGUUAUAGGAAUGGCGUAUUGUAGAUGCCGAAAGUAUCAAAACCCGUUGUAAAGGAUAGGUUUUAUAGUGAGGGAAGUGAAAUGGUGUUUUGCCGUUAGUUCUGAUGAGCGAUAGCAGGCAUUCGCAAUUCGGGAUUGAGAAAGAAAAUCCUUCGCAGCUGACGGAAUAAAUCUCUGCUUGUCAUAACCAUUGUCUCGGUAUCGUUAGAUCACUACAGAUCUCUCUCUGUCUCUGUCUCUGUCUCUCUCUCUCUCUCUC